CACCUCGUUCUUGGGCACGCACUUCCGCCCUUCUCGCCCUCGCCCCCAGGCUCCCGUGCUGUGGGGUCUGAUUUCAGCUCCGCUCCAUCUAGCUUCCUGCAUUGCCGAAUACGUCGGCAGUCUCUUCCCACCCCCUGCUCCACGCCAAUCGAUCAAUCAAUCUGUAAGCUAAGCCGAGAAGACUUGAAAAAAUGGACGACGAUAACUUCGAUCUGUACGGCGAGCAAGAUCUGUAUGCGCCGGUCAAGAGUCAAGAGGGUGCAGAGGAUGAAGAGGACCUCAUUGGGUACAAGGAAGAGGAGCAGGAUUCCCAAGUAGAUGAUAAAGCAGCUUUGCGAUCCAAUGGGGCAGGCCCGUCAGCCGGCGGCUCUUCUUCUUUCAUACCUCCGCCUCAAAUCAAUCCUGAGACUGGAAUUGACCCUAGGAAUGCUUCCGCCAACGCGGUGAAGAGGAGCAGAGAUGAUAUAGAAGAAGACGUGGAUCGGAAAGACGGCCGGUACUCUGGUCUGCACCAAGAUGGAGCAUCGACUUCAGCUUCGAAUUCCGGCUCCGGUAGUGGAGCAAGCGCUGCUCUACCGCUUCCUCCCGGACGUUCGGGCCUGGCCGGCAGGCCCAAAGUGACGGAUCCGAGCAUACAAAACGCUCUGUAUAUUGGAGAGCUCGACUGGUGGGUCAGCGAUGAGGAUAUAAGGCAGGUGGCUCAGAAUGUUGGCCUCGACACAUCCCUCUCCGACGUAUCUUUCUCUGAACACAAAGUCAAUGGCAAAUCCAAAGGCGUCGCUUGGGUGGAAUUCUCCUCGGAAGAAGAAGCUCGGAGGUUGAAGACGUGGUUUGAGGAAAACGAUUUCAACUUCAAGCGCGCCUUGAUCACAAUGAGCACAAGCGCGCAUGGCAAUCCAUUCCGUACGCUGCCCAAGGAUCCGCCCGCACGAGAGCAAAGAGGGGGCCCAGGAGGAGGGAUGAGAGGAGGAAGAGGCGGAGGCAACAGCGAUGGCUCAAGAGGCGGAAGGGAUCGGAAUGGUAUGGGCGGCGCAGGAGCAGGUCCUCUACCUCAACCACCCCAAAUGGCUCCUCCGAUUCGAAUGGGCGGACCAGGCAGCUCUAUGCCGAUGUUCAAUCCGGCCAUGAUGGGUAUGAUGGGCAUGUCCGCCGGGCCAAAUGGUGCUAAUCCUCCACGACCCGGAGCUGGGGCCUUUGGCGCGCCAAAUCAGAUGAACAUGCCCUUUCCUAUGGGCGGAUUUGGACAGGGAAUGGGAGGACACAUGGGAAAUGGGAACCGUGGUGGAAGGGGUGGAUACAGAGGAGGAGGAGGAGGAGGAAGAGGAGGUCAUGCAGGUGGUGGAGGUGGUGGUCACUUCGUGAGUAUUUGUACGCGUCAAACGGGCAUUUUCUGAAGGGCAAAGGUAGCAGUCUUCAGACAUGCCGCCCCUCAGCCAAAAGCAUCGCACUGCAGUUCGGUUUCGGAGCGCUCCAGAAGUUUGCUAACCCCGAUCGGUCCCCUUGUUUGUCAUGGGCAGAAUCCACAUUUCUUCCCUGGAGCGGCUCCACCGAUGCAAAUGGGCGGAGCGUCAAGAGACGACGGACGCAGUCCACCGGGCGGAGGAGAC